AGGAGAGUUGCCAGGGUCCGUGGAAGCCAGCGCUGGACUGGGCGGCCGCUGCGCCCUGCAAAAGUUUCGAACCGCCGCACGACUCGCGCCGCUUGAGCGCUGUCGAUUCCUCGAAGCGAAACGCCUUCCACCUAGCCGCAAGAGCUACAUUAAGCCCAGAAGACCCGAAGCCAAAAGAGAUGCUAGCGCUUCCCCCGAAGCGCCCAGUUGGCCGGCAAACAGGCCUGGGAGACGCCCUGAGCAGCUACGCCGGCAAAACUCACAGCGGCACGGAAGCUAAUAGAGCGCGCGCGGCCUCGGCCUCGCUCGACCGGUGCCGAGCGGCGGCGGCGGAGGCCGCCGAGGAGUUGGCGCGGGGCGGCACGGGUGGAACAUCAAGCGAAAGCGCCGCGUUAGCGGUGGCUAGCGCGGCCUACGGCGACGACACGGGCUUGACGGAAGCAGCUUUAGAGAACUGCUCCAGAGAUCUGCGGCGGUACGCGAGGGAACUACUCGCUAUUUCAAGACGAGUCCCGGACGCCGACGCGGCCCUAGAUGGCUUUUUAUGUGAAUGGGACGACGGCUGGGCGACUCCUAGCAAAACGAACCCGAGAGACGCUACAAGAGGUCUUGGCAGUAGAUUCCGACGAGCGUUGCGGAACGACCGCAAGAAACCGACCGUGAACAAGGCCUCGAGACAACGAGGCGGCCUGAGGCUCGAACGGGGCGCGACGCUAUACAACUUAGCGGCCUGCGAGGCCGCGCAGGGCUGCCAGCAGGACAGAUCAAGCGAACAAGGUAUAAAAAGAGCCUGCAGGCAUUUCCAGCGCUCCGCGGGCCUCUUCGAGCACCUGCGACGGACGACGCGCACGGCCGGUAGAAGGGGCGCGGCGUGCGCGUGGGGCUGCCUCGUUUUUGAGGACGACGAGGCCGAUUUGUUAGAUCUGUGCGAGCUCGGCGUCCCGCGGCGGUUUCACGCCAUCGACGCAUUGACAGAAAUGCUCCGCGCAGGUCGUCGCCGUGUCUAGAUUUCUGCGAGCGGUUAUGUUUAGCUCAGGCGCAAGCCUGUUACUACGAGAAGGCCGUUGCUGGGCAAUCGGUGGCGCCACCUAUAAUAGCUCGACUGGCCGCGCACGCGGCGCAUUUAUAUUGGCGGGCUCGAGCCGUGUGUAGCUAUGUCCCGGAAGCCGAAAAUGAAGCUAAAUUAAAUGAGUUACUAGGCGAAGAAAAAUGCGAGGAUACGGACCAGUUGCCUCCCUCCUACGAUACGAGGAAGGGCGUCGCCGGCCUCGACGCGUCCUGGCCGUGUCACGCCGAGUUCCAGGCGCGAUGCUUCGAGGCGGCCUCGUCUUAUUGGGCUGCUAAAUCUAAAGCCAAAGACGCGGAAGAUCAUGGCGAGGGCUACGGCCUCCAAGUCGCCUACCUGGAUAGGUGUGAAAGAGAAUGCGUCGCGGCGCUGAAGGUCGCGUCGCGGCCGGGCGCGAAGCGCCUGUCGCAGGACGCCAUUGAGCAGAUCACUGAUAUGCGCCAGGCCGCUGCGACGCAACGAACCGCGGUAGCGCGGGACAACGCCCAGAUCUACCGGGAAACGGUGCCGAAUUGGUCCGAUGUAACGCAAGUUCCCAGACCGCUCGGCGCGCGCUUGGCCAAGGCCACGGUCCCCGACGCGUGUCUGGUCGGAGCGCCGGGACGGACGCCCGAGGCCAUGGUUUCUGCAGUCGUUCCUUCAGAUGAAAUCAGUUUGUUGCGAGGUCUACUACCGAGAGGGGCUCGAAGUGCGCUAGAGGCCUACGCUGAUAGAUGUAGACGCGACGCGCGGGAAUGUCAAAGUCGUGUUGCGGACGCCGACGAUCUGGUGCGGGCCGCGCUGCAGUCUUUAUCAUUACCGCAAGUGGUGAACGAUGUCGACAAUGCUCAGAACUUCGCGACGCACGGCGCGCUGCCCAAAGGUUUACGAGUGGCGACGGCGUCGUCGGGCGAGGGCCUGUUCGGGGGCUCUACCGGUUCAUCUCUGCUAGCUUUGCAGAAGAAGGCCUCAGAGUUAACUCAAGCAAGGUUACGGUCGCAAGCGGCUUUAACGGCAGCUAGAGCCUACUCCGGAGACGCUUCUCAACAUGUCCGGCAGCGCCUCGCGCAAAUCACCAUCGAUGAAGCGGACGACGACGCGCUGCUGAAGGUCGUGUCUGAUGAUGCCACGAAACAGCAGUUAGCUGCGCUAGACGGCGCCGUCGGGCGCAGCACCAAAGCUAGUGUAGAAGAAACUCUCACCCUGAGCGACGACGUCACGAAAGCGGCCCAGGCGUGUCGGGAAGCUUGUUCAGCAGUCGAUCGAAGUGGCCGCGGACGUCGUGACGCGGCGAAGCGCGUCGAGGUCCUCGCGAGCGAGGAGGCGCAAGCCGCGGCGAAGGCCCUCGAUGCUUUGUGUGACGCCGGUCUGCCUUUAGUAGCGGGCGACGAACCGGAAGUCACACGAUAUAGAGAUUCGGACGACGACGACGAUACCGGUGACGAGCGCCCGGAGGACGAGGACGUGUUGCCGCUGCCGCCGCCGCCGACGACGCCGCGGCGAGACGACACGAAGACCGUCGAGGCCUCGCGCUGCGUCCACGCGUUUCUGGAGCGGCGUUAUGCUUCGGAGAUGGCGCCGGCCUUUAGCGAGUUCGCCCAGGCUCUCGGCGACCCGCGGCCGGCCGUCGAGGCCCUGGCGUCGACCGCGUCGCUGCUGGACGAGGCGAAGCGACGGGAUCCUUCGUAUAGAUCCGCGCGCGACGCCUUAGAAAAGGUCGUGGCGGCCGCUAGGCUCUUCGAGGAGCUCGUGUCUCGUCUCGAGACGCGGUGCACGGCUCACAUGAACGCGGCGUCCGAGGCGGACCGGCGGGACUCUCCGCCGCCGAAGCCGGUGACCACAGGACUAGAUGCUCUUCUUAACACGGCGAACGAAGCUGCGGCUGCUUUAGACGCCUCGCCGUCGCCGCGCGUCGACCGCCGAAGCCAAGAGGAGUCCGACGCGGAGAUGGCGCGGCGACUGGCCGCCGAGUUCGACGCCGACGAUAAUACUAUCCGACCGCCGCCCAUCCCUGUCCACCAGCCGCCGCCCGCCUAUCGACAAGGCCAGACGUACAACGAGGCGACGCGCCACGCGCCGCCCGUGCCACCGCCGGACCACCGGCAGCGCCAGGAACUGUCUGAUGCCGCAUUAGCGAGGCAGCUCGCCGAGGAGGAUGAAAGAGCAGCAGCAAGGGCGCAGAGCGCGCCGGCGCCGGCGCCGGCGCCCGCGCGCCAAAAGGGCCUCGCGGAGACCCUCACUGGAAGAAAGCUCAGCCAGUGGAAGGCGCAGUUCGCGAAGAAGCCCGAGGCUCCUGUGGAUGCGGACCUGGAGCGCGCGCUCGCCGCGUCGCGGGCGGAGAGCGCGCCGCCGGCGCCGCCGCCGCCUCCACCGGUCAAUCAAGACGAUCUCGAUCUCCAACGGGCGCUGGCCGCGUCGCGCAUCGAGUCCCAGCCGCGCUACCAAGCGCCUCCUCGACGGAGCCAGGAGGACGACGACGCGGCGCUGGCGCGGCGCCUCGCGGCGGAGUUCGACGCCGAGCCCGCGGCGCCUCCAUCGUACUCAGCGCCGCCGCCGAGCGACGCGCCUCCCUCAUACAAUAGCGACGCGGUCUGGAACGCACCUCAGAAACCGCCGCCGCGGCCGGCGCCUUCCUACAACGAUGAUAACGACGCGGAUCUACAGCGGGCGCUGGCCGCGUCGCGCGCCGAAGCUCCGCGGCCCCAGGGGCUGUUCUCUUCGCUCAACGAACUGCCUCCGCAACAACGCUCGUACGACGCGCGGCCGCCGCCGUCCACCUCGUCGUCGGCCGACUAUCUGAGAAGAGCGGCGCAGCCCCCGCCGUCGACCUCGUCGUCGGCCGACUAUCUGAGACGCUCGUAUCAACAGGAGUACGCCCCGCCGCCGCCGCGCCGGUCGUACGGAAACUCCGCGGAUAGUUAUCUGAGGCAAGCCGCCCAGGCACCGCCGCCGCCCUCUUCUUUGGGGAAUCGCUACGGACCACUGCCGCCGCAGCAGCAGUACCAGGACCCGGACCUGCCGCCGCUGCCGACGUUCGGGCGGCCGCCUCCUGGUUGGCAGCAGGAUGGUCGCGGGUAUUAAUCUUCCUUGUGUAUAC